AUGCCUGUGCCCAAAGGAACCAAAACCGCAGCUGCCGGCGCUGUUGCAGCCGGGUCCCUUACCACCGCCUUCAUAGACCCCUCAGGUAUAUCACUCCUCACCUUUCUGGGCUCUUCCGCCGUAGCGGCGGUGGGAACAACCUACCACGCUGUUAGGGGCAUUUCGAAGCACGCAUCCCAUUCUAUGGAAGAGAGCCGCCAACGAAAAGCGGAGAGUCAGGCACUCGCGAUGAGAAUGACGCCCCAUCAACACAUCCGAUUCCAGCAUGACGUUGAAAAUACCAUCAGACGGCUUACAUCCUCUCUUGAAGGCUCCGUAGUCCAGGGUAUCCUGUUUAUUGGACUUCCCUACAUGGGCAUUAUAUGGGCAAUCAACACCGUUGAAGCCAGUGUCCAGCUCGGGCGUCUCAAGGCACUUGCCGAUAGAGCGGGAGGAAAGCGAGCUUUGGCAAAGGCUGUUUCCAAGCAGAAUGCCGUGCUUCAAGUCUUCGCAGGGGCCGCUAUCAAGACUCUGACCAUCUCUCUAACCCUGGGUCACGACUUUGAGGCCGCAAUGGGAGAUAUCAGCGGUCGCAUUGAUGACGCUGAGUACAAGGGCAUGCUAAUGGAUGCCAAAGACGGGCAUAACCACCUCUUGGAGGAGCCUGUAUUUAAACAGACUACGACAAUUUUGGAUAUCCCUCAGACCGAGAUGAAGGAGUUCAUGGAGAAGGUAGAGGGAAAUUUCAACGGGGAGGCCCAGAACUGGGCUUGGAAAGAGGAACAUAGCGCCGAAGGCGUUGUUGCUGUUGGAGCUGUUGUAGCAGCUGUCAACAAGGCUGUCGAUGUUGCAGUGGAUGACCCUUUGCACCAGAAGGUGGAGAGAGCUGGUGGGACAACAGUUUAG